UUCUAACAUGGACAGAUAACUCUCUAGGAAAGAUACAGAGGAUUACGGAUAAUAGAUAUUAUACUAUCAGGUUGACAUCGAUUCCAGGCCGCGGGAAAUAUAAAUACGUGAACAGUACUGAACUUGUGAAACACAUUGAUGACCUGAAACCGGACACACUGUACGAGUUUAGUGUACGCGUGUUUAAAGGCCGUAGGAAGAGUACGUGGUCAAUGGCGGUGUCGAACAAAACGCAAGAAGCUGCCCCAGGCUCAAUUCCUAGAGAUCUAACGCCAAUACCUGUUGAGAAUGACCCCCUGUCUGUGACGCUGACAUGGCAGCCCCCUCAAAAGCCCAACGGACAAAUAACAGGCUACCUUGUGUUCUACACUACUGAUCAUACAAAAGAUGACCUUGACUGGGUCGUAGAAGGUGUCCUGGGAGAAAAACUGUCCAUGACUAUCACUGACCUUACUGCUGACACAACUUAUUAUUUCAAAGUUCAGGCGAGAAAUAGUAAAGGUUACGGUCCCAUGUCGCCCACGAAAAUAUACAAAACUCCGAAAAUGGGUAUACCAUUAUCACCAAGGCGGCCAAUUAAACCUCCGAGGGAAAAUCCCGUAAAUACCGUGGGCACUAAGGAAGAGAAGAAACAGGAGAAGACAGAGAAAGGCCUGUCACAGAAUCUCAUGAUAAUCAUAAUAGCUUGUGUUGUCGGGGCGACGUGUUGUAUCGUGGUUGCUGUGGUAACGGUGUUUGUAUGCAGGAAAAGAGAUAUUGCGGAAAGGAACAGAAGAAUGGCUAGUAUGUAUAAAGGAUCGCCUCAGAAAGGCAAGAGUAUUCCGCAAAAGGGCGGGCCAGGUAGAGGUGAAGGUCCGCCCCCUGACCUUUGGAUAGAUCACGAUCAUCUAGAGUUGAAACAGAUGGGGCGUGACGAAAGGGCGGAGUCAUCUAUAUCAGUAGCAUCAACACGUAGAAACUCUCUGAGUAGCGUGCAUACAAACAAUCAAGCUGAGGUGUAUCAGUCAGGCAGCGAGGCUGAAGAAAGACUGUUACCUCCAAGUUAUCAUCAACUCACAAACUCUCAACAACGAAAUAUCAUUCGACCUAAACCAUUAAAACUACCAGUAGAUGCGCAAGCACAUCAAAGAGAACCUAUGGUAGCAGUAGCCGGGUAUCCAAACGGGAACAUUAAGUCACGGUCCCGCAAAUGUAGGGAAACCGCCACUACCCUUGAGACUCGUUGUACCAUUGCGGUCCAGUAUAACCCCAGAACCCAAUAA